UCGUUCUGCCUCUCCUACUUAAGGGCCGCAGACGCUGGCACGGCAUCAGUCAGCUACCCUCAGUACCCAAGAACACACCCCUUUCACUUUCCGCUGCCCACACAAGCCAAAUGGCCUCCAACGCCCUCGCCCCCGUCAUUUACCAGCUGCAGGAGAGUCUUCGCAACGUCGACCUCAGGAACUUCAUCAACACCGACCUUAGCAACUGGCUUGACAAGGUGGACUUCAAGACAGUGGGCCUCGUGGCUCUGGCGGCGUUGGUCGUCCUGCUGGUCCUGGACUUUUUCACCAAGAGCCCUACCCCCUUCGGCAGGAGCCUGGUGUCCUCUGUGGCCAACAUCUGGGACAGCGCAGACCAGACGGGGCUCAGCCAGUCCCUCCGCGGAAGCCGCUCGCUGGAGCCAGUGGCAACUGUCCUGGACGCGCUGGCGAAGGAGGUGAAGAAGUGGGAGACGCCGGAGGACAGCGCUGUCAGACACCGUGCCUUCUAAGAGAGUUCUGCUGGAUUCGGUCAUUUGGGUCGUUAUUAUACCUCUAAUGAAAAUAUCACAAUGUCUAGAGAGAUUGUAGAUUUUUUUACGAGUGUUUGUUUGCGGGCAAACAAACUAUCUUGUUUUCAGCCAUCAUGGUUAGGUAGCCAUGCCAUUUCCAUAACUUAUAUAUUUAUAUGCUUUGUUACUUAUUCGUUACUGUUAUUUUCAUUCUCAGUGUUAUUUCACUGUUACUUACAAUUAUAUACACAAUGUUUUGCAGGAUGAGUGCAUUCACUGCGAAUGAACAAUACCAGAAAUACAAAAGUCUAAUAAUAAA